AAACUUAAGUGCAUUUGAGGUUUGUACACGUCUCUCUAUCUGUGUGUUUGUGAAAAAUGGCAGAAUCAGGUAUUUCAUGGGCUCAGGAUCAGUUUACUUGCCCAAUCUGUCAGGAACUACUAAAGAAUCCAGUGACCAUUAACUGUGGACACAGUUUCUGUAUGGAUUUUCUUACAUAUCGCUGGGAUCAGGAUGAUCAGAAGCGAAUCUACAGCUGCCCUCAGUGCAGACAAACCUUCACACCAAGACCUGUUUUAGACACCGUGACAGCUGUGGCAGAGAGGACAGAGAAACAGACACUUUUGAUGGAGACACAAAGAAAUUUAAAGCAGGGAAUUCAGGAGAGAGAGAAGAAGCUUCAGGAGCUGAGACAGACUUUGGUCUCUCAUAAGCGCUCUGCACAGACAGCAGUGGAGGACAGUGAGAGGAUCUUUACUGAACUGAUCCGAUCCAUUGAGAGAAGACGAUCUGAGGUGACACAACUGAUCAGAGAUCAGGAAAAGACUGCAGUGAGUCGAGCUGAAGGAGUCAUGAAGCGUCUGGAGGAGGAGAUUGAUGAUCUGAAGAGGAGAGACGCUGAACUGGAGCAGUUUUUACAAACAGAUGAUGACAUUCAUUUCCUGCAGAGUUUCAAGUCUUUCUCUGUGACUUCUGGAUCUUCACAUGAUUUCAGCAUUAAUUUCAGUUCUCUUCUCACUUUUGAUGAUUUGGGAAAAUCUGUUUCUAAACUCAGAGAUAAACUGGAGGAUUUCUGUAAAGAUGAGAUUAAACGUAUAUUUGACAGAGUAAAAUCCACUGAAAUUAUUUACUAUGAACACGGAACUAGAGAGGAUUUCCUACAAUAUUCAAGUCUUCUCUCGCUGGAUCCAAACACAGUGAAUAAAAAUCUCCACCUGUCUGAGAAGAACACUGUGGCUACUUACACUAAAUCAGUCCAGCAGUAUCCUGAUCAUCCAGACAGAUUUGAUCACUGGCUGCAGGUGUUGUGUAGAGAGAGUUUGUGUGGACGCUGUUACUGGGAGGUUGAGAGGAGUGGUAGUGUUGGUAUAUCAGUGUCAUAUAAGAGCAUCAGCAGGAAGGGAUCGGGUAAUGAGUGUAUAUUUGGAUAUAAUGAUCAGUCCUGGAGUUUGUUCUGCAGUGACUCCAGCUGCACAUUCAGUCACAAUACCAAACACACUGAACUCCCUGUAGUGUUGAGCUGUAGAAUAGGAGUGUAUGUGGAUCACAGUACAGGAUCUCUGUCCUUCUACAACGUCUCUGAUGAAAUGAACCUCAUAUGCAGAGUCAACACCACAUUCACUCAACCACUUUAUCCUGGGUUUGACCUCCUUUCAGGUUCAGCAAAGUUAUGUUAUCCAGCAGUGUAGAUGACAUGAAAAUUCUCCAAACAAUACUGUAAGUAACAGCAGUGAGAUAUUAUGUCGUCUUUUUUCCAGGUAAAAAAAACUAUAAAUUAAAAUUUAUUAAAACUACUUUCAUAUACAAUAUACAAUAAUUAUUAUUGCAGCAAUACUUUAUUAUGAGUAUAUAAUAAUUCAUUACAUUUAUAUAGCGCUUUUCUCAGUACUCAAAGCGCUUUACAUAUGAACGGGGGAAUCUCCUCAACCACCACCAAUGUGCAGCAUCCACCUGGAUGAUGCGACGGCAGCCAUAUUGCGCCAGAACGCUCACCACACAACAGCUUAUUAGUGGAGAGGAGAUGGAGUGAUUUAGCCAAUUAGUAUGAGGGAUGAUUAGUAGUAUAUAGAUAAUAUAUAGACAAAACAGUAUGCUAACAAGCUCUACAACAUAAAACAUAUAUAGUAAUAUUAUACAUUGCAAUGUGAUAAUAUAAUGUAAAACAUCAUAUCAAGUUUUCUGUGUUUAAGAAUGAUUUUAACUGCUGUGACAGCUGACUUCUGUAUCUUUACAAACUUUUAUUAAUAAAACUGUAAUUCAUGAUAAAUAUUUUAACUGUCUUAUUUUGAAGAUUUCAAAGUCAAAUAAAUGUGAGUUUAUAGAUCUGAAUGUUUUUUGCACUGAAUAUUAUAACACACAAGUCUUCCAGGCCACUAUAUGUCACGAAACAGAUAAUGGAUGCAAGUGCAAGUCUUAACAGAUUAUUUAUUUUACAAAUAACAAAACCCAAAACAGAACUCCAUACAACAUCAGACUCGAACAGGUAACAAGAACUGGAAACAGGAUCAAAUACACUUAACAUGAAACAAUGUAAACGCUCUCACAAAGGAACAAUGAAACACAAUGGCAAUAUAUAGCCUACAUGAGGGUAACAAGGAAACUAGACACACCUGGGAACAAAUCAAUACAAGGACCAAUAAACAAAAGAACUACAAAGAACUACAGACAUGGAUGACAAUACAAAACUUCAAACUAAAAGUCACAGACAGAGAAACACAAGACAGGACUGUGACACUAUAAUUAAAGAGAUCAGUUUUCUUCUAAAUGAUAAUUUUUUAUCAGACUUUUAAUGGAUUCUUAUUUAAUGUUUUCCAUUGUUAAGUUACUAUAUCCAUUACGAAAAUGAGAUUCCUUACUUAUUGGGUGAUUGUACAUUUGGUGAUGAAUAUAAAUGGAGUCCACGUAUACACCCAGGACGAACUUGAUAUUUCCACAGUAAUCCAAUAACUGUCCAUAAUUGCAAUUGCCUGAAGAUUGUAAAGAGCUGUUAAAGAACUAAAGGACAAUGAUAUGUAAUAGGACUUUACUGAAGGAACGAGGAUCUAUAGAGGUCGGGUUCUUCAAGAGGCUGUAGACCUCUCUUGCCUUUAAUCACCUUUUCAAAUGUACAGGAAAUAAAAUGAAGGAACUGCUACU